GUCACUUGUCAGGGCCCGCCCCGUUUUCACCGCCACUCUGCUCCCGGCCUGCGCUGACUCCGGUGCUAGAUGUAUGGUCGGAUCGGGAAGGUGUCAGUGCAGCGGUGGCCGCAGUUAUACUUUCUCCUUCUCCGUAGUACCUAUUGCGUACCAGGCCAGGCCUGGGAAUUUAUUCGGGGCUCACCUGGUCCUCGCCGGGCCGGGGCCGCCCGCAUAACCCAAUUGUAUGGUAGCUCCGGCCCCGGACAUUUCAGUUUCCGAGUCUGGCAAUAGCUGCAAUUGCUGCCCUAGUCUUGUGUCCCAGCUUCUCCCCGGCGGGGGCUUUCUUUUCUCCAGCUAGUUAAGGCAAGGCAUGUCUGCCUCCUCUGCUGAUAUGAUUGAAACUCCCCCUGUACUGAACUUCGAGGAGAUCGACUACAAGGAGAUAGAGGUGGAAGAGGUAGUUGGAAGAGGCACCUUUGGUGUUGUCUGCAAAGCAAAAUGGCGAGGAAAAGACGUGGCCAUCAAGCAAAUAGAAAGUGAAUCUGAAAGAAAAGCCUUCAUCGUUGAGCUUCGGCAGUUGUCACGCGUGAACCAUCCAAAUAUUGUAAAGCUGUAUGGAGCAUGCCAAAAUCCGGUAUGUUUAGUUAUGGAAUAUGCAGAAGGAGGCUCAUUGUACAAUGUUUUACAUGGUGCGGAGCCGUUGCCUUACUACACAGCAGCCCAUGCAAUGAGUUGGUGUUUACAGUGCGCCCAAGGGGUGGCAUAUUUGCACAGUAUGAAACCAAAGGCUCUAAUUCACCGGGACCUUAAACCUCCAAACUUGCUUCUGGUAGCUGGCGGCACGGUUUUGAAGAUAUGUGACUUUGGCACAGCUUGUGAUAUCCAGACCCACAUGACUAACAACAAAGGCAGUGCUGCGUGGAUGGCGCCAGAGGUUUUUGAAGGUAGCAAUUACAGUGAGAAGUGUGAUGUGUUUAGUUGGGGUAUCAUCCUGUGGGAAGUAAUAACUCGGAGAAAGCCGUUUGAUGAAAUUGGAGGUCCAGCAUUCCGCAUAAUGUGGGCUGUACAUAAUGGUACUCGGCCACCAUUAAUUAAAAAUCUACCUAAGCCGAUUGAAAGUUUAAUGACUCGCUGUUGGUCAAAGGAUCCCCCCCAACGACCUUCAAUGGAGGAGAUUGUCAAAAUAAUGACACAUCUAAUGCAAUAUUUCCCUGGGGCUGACGAGGCUUUGCAGUAUCCUUGUCAGUACUUGGAUGAAGGACAAAGUAAUUCCGCAACAAGUACAGGCUCCUGCAUUGAUAUUACAUCCACAAACAAGAGCGACAUUAACAUAGAUCCUAACGAUUUCCAAGCAGUUACAAAUAAUGAUACCAUCAAAGGAAGAGAGUGCAAAUUAGCUCCACAUUUGAAAAGUCAAUCCAAGCAGUCAGGUGAGCCUGGACGUUUGAGUUUGCCCCCAUCAAGGGGGAGCAGCAUUGAAAGUUUGUCGGACAUUCGAGGAAGACCAUCUUCAAAUUUGGGUGCAUCUGAAGACAAAAGAAUGAGUGCUGACAUGUCUGAACUGGAGGUGAGGAGCUCUGCUAGCACAGCCUAUAUCAAGCCUAAACGAGGCCAUCGUAAAACUGCUUCAUUUGGCAACAUUCUGGAUGUCCCUGAGAUCAUCAUCACAGCAGGAAACGGGCAGCUGAGGCGCAGAUCUGUACAGGACCUCAGUAUUAUUGGGACAGAAUCAAAUCAGGAAAGUCGAAAUAGUAGCAGGUCUUCCAGUCCUAGUGUGAGGAUGAUCACUACCUCAGGACCAACCCCUGACAAGCCCCCACGUGGCCAUCCAUGGGGAUCUGAUGAAUUUUCAGAUACCAACGGUUCUGAUAAUUCAAUACCUAUGGCAUAUCUUACUUUGGAUCAUCAGUUACAGCCUCUAGCACCAUGUCCAAACUCCAAAGAAUCUAUGGCUGUGUUUGAGCAGCACUGUAAAAUGGCUCAGGAAUAUAUGAAAGUUCAAACAGAAAUUGCCCUGUUACUACAGCGAAAACAGGAACUAAUAGCAGAACUAGACCAGGAUGAAAAAGACCAGCAAAACACAUCUCGACUUGUCCAAGAGCACAAAAAGCUACUGGAUGAAAGUAAAAGCCUUUCAACGUAUUACCAACAAUGCAAAAAGCAGUUGGAUGUCAUCAGAAGUCAACAGCAGAAACGACAAGGAACCUCAUGAUUCUUUAAAACCUUUUCAACAUAGAUCGCUCGGUGUACUGCUGUUAGACAUUUCAGGCAUCCGGAUUGUUUUCCUUGCUGUGAACAGGAAGAUGGACAUUUUCAUUGCUUUGGAACAUGAAGCUGAUGAAAGAAUACAGCGCUUUAUCGGAUUACUGUGAACUGUAGCUGUACGCAUGCUUCAUGCAAAACCUUGCUAUAUUGUUAAUGAUAAAUUGUGAAGUUUUUGUUUUGUUUUUAUUUGUUCUGUAGAAGCAAAAUUUGGCAUACAAAACAAGUAAAUAUCCCUUGUCAUCCUUACCUCCCAUGUUUGUUUAUGCCCUAGCCGUUAGAGGAGAGUUCACGAUCGCCUGAUGUAGCAUGGCUACUUCCAGCAGCGGAAGUUACCGUUCUGUAAUGCAGAAGAAGAAUUCUACUCACUUCAUGGCAAUACAUAAUUCAUUGAGACCCUUCUCCAAGUAGGAAUAUCUUGAAGGGGAUAGAACAUGGCUAUUUACACCAGUGAGUAAUGUUUCAUGCAUCUGAAAUGAAAAGCUAACUCAAAAGAAAGAUGAUGAAUACACAACAACAUAAAGUCAUUAAUGUAAACAAUGUAUAAUUCUGCAGGAGAAAUGAUCCAUUUUAUUCACAAUUUACUGUUUAAUGAAUUAACUGAUGAGAUUCACCAUUCAGAAAAAAACCCUAAAUUAAAAUAAUACAAGCAGUAUUACUGUUUUUGAAGGUUUUGUAUGUCUGAAUAUGUUAUGUUUUUAAAAACUAUAUUCAUUUGUUGGUAUAUUAUGCCACACGUCCAGAUACAUUAGGCCAUAUUUACCAAUGCAAUAUUAGAGCAAUUCUAGUGAUGGUUACUUAUUUAGCAACAAAUUAAAUCUUCUUAGAAAUGGCCCCCUUACAAAUAUUGCAAGGUCACUUAACCCAAUGUUUCUUCAAUUGUCCCUUGAUAAUUAUUGCCUGUUAUACUUAUGAAAAUAAAGAAUGUCAGACACUUUAAAAAUUAUUUUAAAUUGUCUGCCUCCAUUUUAAUAACUUUUGUGGUGAAUACCGUUAAUCCUUAUUUCUUUUAGUGCUUAUCUACAAAUGUCCUUGAAUGAAAAAAAUAACAGUGCAGAAUGUCUGAGGUUCUCUCAGACAAGAUGAUUGUAUAUUUUUAAUCUAAGCUUUUUCUACUGUACGUAGAAUGUUUUUGCCAUAUCUGUUAAAACACCUGUAAUCCGUAAACAUUGACUGUUAACCUUAUUCAAAUAAAACUACAUCAAACAAAA